CAAGCUCUGAGAGAUUGCUACAAUUGUAUCCAACUCAAAUUGGGGGGUAAUUUGGAAAAUGCCUGUAUUCGUACCCGGCUAUCAUUUGCACGCCCAAACGGAAAGAGAAUGAGUUACAUGGAUGAUUGCUUUGCCGGGGCCCCGCAAGACUUUCUCAUCUGCAUCACGGUGCACAAGGCAGCCAAAGUGGGCCUGGCCACGUCGGACCUGUACGUGAAAGUGAGCCUGGAUAAAACGAAGAAGACCACAAAGACGUUCCAAAACUCCGAGAAUCCCUUCUUCAAUGAGUACUUUGUGUUCGAGUUCCGCUGCCCGCUCACCGAUCUGCUCCGGAUGACCAUCCUCUUUGAGCUGAAGAAGACCCAGACGCUCGUGAAGAACGUGGUGGUGGGGGAGCUGCUGAUCGAUCUGCACAGCGUGUGGAACCAGCCGAAUCACGGCUUCUUCAAGAAGUGGGGCCGCCUGGAGCCGCCCAUCGGAGAGCAUCCACCGCGCGAGGAAGCCAGCGAUUCGCACGGGUAUUUGCAGCUGGACUUGGUCAUCGUCUCGCAGCACAGCUCGCUGGUGAACAGCCUCAGCGCCGAGGAGCCGGACACCCAGAGUCUGAACAAGUGGACAGUGGACCAGGACUAUGACGACAUUGAGAAGAACCUGCUGCAGAACCCGAACUCCAGCACGCCGAGCAACAUCCGCUACUCCAUCGCCUUCUACCGGGGCUUCUUCGUGCGGAAGGGCAGCUACAUGAUCCAAUACAGAUUCCAUCCGUUCAAGGGCAAGACGCCGGUGGCCAAGCAGACCACGACGCCCGUGUGGAACCACGAGAUCAGCUUCGCCUGGAUGUACCCCUCGCUGGCGCAGCGCUUCCUCAUCCUGGUCCUCGUCCACGAGCACCUCAAGUGGAAGUGCGUGGCCGAGUAUGAGCUGUCCUUCGAGGAGAUCGCUUUCAAGGGCACCCCCUCCCUGGGGCCCACCUAUCUGCAGCUGUACGAUCCCGCCGAUCCCAUGACCUAUGUGGGUCGCCUCCUGCUGGAGGUGCGCUCCGAGGCUGUGGCGGAGGAGAGGCCUUCCCAUGUGAUCCUCUGCGAGGACAUUCACGGGCUGGACGAGUCUCCUUUCUGGAGGGAAGACGUCUUCAUGGUGGAGUUCCUGCCCCUGCUCGGGGACCACGUCCUGACCGGCGCCAGCAGCUAUAAAAUCUCAAUGAAGCUGGCCGAGAACACUUCCACGGUGCUGGAGGGUCCCCUGCAAACGCCAGCGGGCAAGUUCCGCUCGGCGAUGCACUCGAAGAGCUUCCGCCAGGACGCCCCCUACCGGUCGUGCCUGCUCCGCGCCCGCCUGCCCGACAAUCGGGAUAAGUACGAGAGCGACUACUUCAUGAUCGAUCUGAUUGGCUUUAUGCGCUCCGAACUGGACACUUUCAAGGUGUUUCAGCUGAAGUCGCCGCAGCAGGACGUUGAUCAGGCCAAGUGCCUGAAGGCCAUCAUAUCGAGCAUCCUGACCAAAAUCAAGGAGGGCAUCAGGGAGCAUCGCUUCGACCACGAGAUGGAGAGCCAGCGGACGCCGUGGGACAUCAAUCGCCAGCUCUUCCUGGUGGCAUUCUUCGCCAAGCUGCCGCACGAGCUGCGUCUGCUCAAGCAGGAGCUGCGCAGCUGCUUUGUGGAGAACCUGGACGCCUCUGUGGCGGAUGUGGUGAACGAGCUGCAUCGCCUGGUGGACAGGAUCACGGCGCUGUCCAACAUGACGCGGGUGCAGGACGAGUGGCCCGACCUGCUGCUCCACCUGAGUGCCGGCGGCAAGGAGGUGGGCGUGUGCCGCCUCAAUGCCAAGCUCUUCCUCAGCCUGCAGCGGCGGCAGCUGCAGCUGCAGCUGCAGCAGAACCAGAUCACCCAGUGCUGGCGCCUGAAGAGCUUCGCCUUCAAGGCGCCCGGCUGCACCCACAGCUGCCCCAACUGCGGCUGCAGCACGGCCAUGGUCCUCGGCUGCAUCGCCAUCGUGGUCGAGCGGGAGCGCAAGCAAUUCGUCUCGCACAUCAUCGGGGACUGGGUCUCGAUCGAGCCGAUGGUGUGGAAGACGCGCGUGGCGUGGACCUUCUUCCGCUGCCACGUGUACGUCCACCAGGCCAAGGUGCGUCCCAGCGGGGAGAAGAAGCACGUUGCCGACUCCCAUCUGCGGAUCCUGUUCGGAGAGCAGGCCGCCGAGACGCACACCUCCCCCGGCACCAUGUCGCCCAUCUGGGAUGCCGAGAUCACCUUCAAGUGCAUCACCCUGCCCGGCAGCGUCGACUGGUACGUGCAGCAUCCCCCCCUGCUCUCCCUGGAGUUCCACUACAAGGAGAGAUCGCUCGCCGACGAGCUCGUGGGCAAGGGCCAUCUGCUGGCCAGUGUGAUCAGCGGCGAGCAUUUCGCAGACUCUGCCUGGCAGGAGGGCGCCCUCUGCUGGUCCAAGGGCCCCGUCUACAAGAUGCAGCGGCUGAAGCACGUCUCUCCUCCGCCCCUCAAGUGGGUGCCGCUGGCCCGGAAGGGCGCCGUCCAGGCGGAGGUCCUCAUGUCGGCCGAGUUCAUCGAGCUGGCGGAUGGCGUUGCCGACGCCAGCAAGGAGCCCCUCCUCACCAUGGGCAUUCCAGAGGCCAUCCGGCCGCAUAUGCGGAACUUCGCUCUGGAGGUGAUUUUCGUGGGUCUGCGCAACUACUGCAAGAGCACGAUGAGUUCCGCGGGCAAGCGGAAGAUCAAGAUCAUGAUGGGGGACCUGGUGCUCGCGAGUGGCCCUUCGACCGCCCGCAUUGGCAACAGCAUCAACUUCCUGGUGGCCUACGCCUCGGCCGUCGUGAGUCUGCCCGAUCAGCAGGAGUACUGGCCAGCCAUGAUAGCCGCCGAUGUGCUCCUCUCCGGCCCAACUACAGAGUCCAUCCUGGGGGCCGCACUCAUUCCGAACUCCGCCAGCUUCCUGCAGCGGGGCAAGACGACCAAGUGCGGCACCCAGAGCUCUGUGGCGGCGUCCAACACCACCACCGCAGUCACAGUGGAUGGGGAUGAUGACGAGGCGGAGACGGAGGCAGAGACGGGAGUGGAGGAGACAGAAGUGGAGGACAGCGAUGAGGAGGAGGAGGAGGAGGAAUUCCCCGUCAAGUUGAGGCACUUAUGGAGGCGUCUGAUGUUCGCCCUGGGCCUGCGACCCGCUGCCUACGCCAACAGGCUGGCCCUCAGGUACGAGUCCGACGAAGGGGACCACGGCGACCCCCUCGCGGAGGGACAGUUCACGUGGUGGACAAAGUUCUACAACUCGAUGUACUGGAAGGCGGCGGAAAUGACGCACGAGUACAAGCACCGGCUGGUCAUCUUUCCCAACGAGCUGGAGAAGCAGCCGCAGUUCGGCUACCUGCAGGACUGGGCCGUGCCCGUCCAGAUGGUGCACGGAGUCAAGUUCAAGAAGCAGGCCCCGCCCAAGGAAGACGUCUACGCGACGCUGAAGAUCCAGGUCAAGCUGACGCCCUACCAGUGCGGCGCCUGGGACGAAGGCGGAGGCGGGGACAUGCUCCGGCCCCUGGCAGGUGCCACGAGUCCGCGCCAACAGACGAUGCUCCAGUCGCUGGCCGAACCGGUGCGGCUGGCGGUCCGGGUGUAUGUGGUGCAGGGUCUGCAGAUGCGCCCGCGGGACGUGCGGGACAGUUCCGACUGCUACGUGAAGCUCUUGCUGGGCGGCAAGACGGUCUCCGAUCGGGCGGCGUACAUCCCCAACCAGAGCAACCCCAUCUUUGGGCGCAUCUUCGAGCUGGAGGCCACCCUGCCCGGCGACAACAUGCUCCUGCUGAUGGUGUACGACCAGGACAAGUGCCGCGACGAUCUCAUCGGCCAGACGUACAUCGAUCUGGAGGAUCGCUGGCGCAGCAAGCACCGCGCCACGGUGGGCCUGGCCCAGGAGUACUCGCGGGCCGGCUACAACCAGUGGCACGACGUCAGCCCGCCCUCGGAGAUACUCAAGGAUCUGUGCCAGCAGCAGGGCAUUCAGCCGCCCUACUUCUACGGCCACGUGGUCGAGGUGGAUGGGCUGCUCUUUGGCGACGAGACAGCCAUAUCGAGGGGUGAGGAGUUGCACGAGCGCCUCAGCCUGACAGUGCUGAAAAACAUCGAGAAGCUGCCCUCCUUUGGCCACAAGCUGGUGCCCGAGCACGUGGAGACUCGCUCCCUCUACCGCGAUGACUAUCCCAAUGUCGAGCAGGGCAAACUGCAGCUGUGGAUCGAGCUGUUCGAGGCCAACACAUACAUUCCCUUCCCAGUGGAUAUCACGCCCGUGCCACCCGCUGGUUACGAGAUUCGUGUUGUGGUCAAAAGUCUGAGAGGCAUCCAGGCUGGCGACAGAAAUGUUUUCGGCAAACUAAUGAGCGACCUCUUCGUGACUGGCUGGUGCCAGGAUAUAGACAAGCGCCAAUCAACCGAUAUCCAUUACCGUUCAUUUACCGGCGAUGCUGCCUUUAAUUGGCGCAUGAUAUUCCCCAUGAUGUACUCCCCCAAUGAGGAUAUGAUGGUCUUCCGCCGCCGAGGGGGACUGUUCGAGGAGAUUGAGAUCAAGCGACCUCCGGUUAUCUAUCUGCAGAUCUGGGACAGAGACGUGAUAACCCGCAACGAGUACCUGGGCGCCCUGGAGCUCAACCUCUCCAACAUGCCCAUGCCGUACGAGACGGAGGGGCAGUGCAGGGCCUACGCCAAGCAGCGCAAGCGACUGAAUCUCUUCCAGCGCAGGUCCGUCCACGGCUGGUUCCCAGUGGAGAGUGCCCCGCAGCCACGGUUCGGUCUGCCCGUCACCUCGACGAAGGGCAAAAUUGAGCUCCAAAUCGAUGUCUGCACGUCGGUGGAGGCCUCGAACCAGCCCGCUGGCCAUGGCCAUGACCCGCCCAUGGCAUUGGAGAAGCCCAAUCGGCCGAGCACAGCCUUCAAUCCGCUGACGCAUCCCUUCAAGUCGUUCCACUACAUCCUCUGGCCCUCCCUUCGGAAGUACGUGCUGUGGGGUGUCCUCGUUGCGGCAGUUAUCCUGGGACUGGUUCUAUACUUUUCCGAACUUCCAGGCAAACUCAUGUCCAUUCCCGUUCUGUGAUUUGUUAUCAGUUUUCGUUUUCGUUUCUUGUUUAAUUUUUUGUUUUUUCUUUGCUUACUUUUCCCUCAAUCGGCUAAAUUUAAUUUCCUUGUGUUUGCCCACUUUAAAGUCUUCCAAUAAAUUAGUUUAUUGU